AUGGAUCUGAGCUAUAUACCACCUACAAUAUCUGAGGAUGGAGUAAUUGUUGAACUGAGCCAGGAGGACAUUGAUAGUGAAGUAGACAAAUGGAAAUAUGCGGUUAUUAUGUAUGUUAUUGGGGGAACACCAACGAUUGGAGCUAUGGAGAGAUUUAUAGCUGGGCAGGGGAGCUUCUCUGUUAAGCCUAAGGUAUAUUACCAUAAUGAGGGGUAUUUUGUGGUGAAUUUUGCAAGCUUAGAGGAAAGGAAUUUGGUGAUGUACUCGGGGCCUCACAUGAUUAACAACAGACCUAUAGUAGUUAAACAAUGGACUGCUAACUUUGAUUUUGAUGAAGAAGACUUAAAGACUAUACCAAUAUGGGUGAAGCUGCCAAAUCUGCCUUUGAGCUGUUGGAGUGCAAGUGCACUGAGCAAAAUUGGGAGUGGUCUAGGCCAGCCCAUAUAUGCUGAUGCUUGUACUUCAAACAUUGAGAGGAUUUCAUAUGCAAGAAUAUUAGUGGAGGUAGAUGUCACUAAGGAACUUCCAAAGAGUAUUAAAGUGAAAGAUCCUAAAGGGAGAGUAAUGGUACAAGAAGUGUGGUAUGAUUGGAAGCCUAGCUAUCGUGCAAAAUGCAUGAGAAUAGGACAUAAUUGUCAACAGCAGCAGCAGAACAAAGUAAUACCUGACAUGAGGACUGGACAACAACAGCAAAGAGCACCAGUAAAGCAAAAGACAGAAUGGAAACUAAUUAACACAGGAGUAGUAGGAGGCCAAAGCCAAAACCAGCAGGAAGGGAAAGCAAAAGUGAAUGAGCAGGAAGUGACAAAGUGGGAGCAAGUGAUGAACAAUGGCAAUAAGUUAACAGCAAGUCAGCAGCAAAAGGGCAAAAAGCAUCUGUACCUGAACAGCAAAUACAGGUACUCAAUGGCUUUAAUAGUUUAA